UGACACACCUCCUUUGUCUCCUCUUUCCUUUGGUUGAGAAGUGAUUAGAUCUUCUCAAGAUUUGACUCCUCGGAGUUACUGGAGAUAAUAUUGCCUAAGAAGUUGUUCACCCUGCAAAUUCUGCUGGGUAACUGAUCCAGUGCAGGGUAACUAGUCAGGUGGAGUGAGGUGGAGGGGGAGCAAGUAGUAAAGUCUGCUAGGAGGGCAUCUAUUUUAUUUGUACUGCUUCCAUUGUUCAGGAGGAACAGAGCUAGUGACUGAAGUAUUAAGAUGGCUGUUGACAGGAGCCGGACCACGAUGGAUGGAAACCACCCAGAGCAAGAAAAUGUUCUUCAGAGAGUCUUUCAGCUGCCUGUGGUAAGUGGCACCUGUGAGUGUUUCCAAAAGACCUACACCAGCACCAAGGAAGCCCAUCCUCUUGUGGCUUCUGUAUGUAAUGCCUAUGAGAAAGGUGUACAAGGAGCCAGCAACCUAGCUGCAUGGAGCAUGGAGCCUGUGGUCCGACGGCUGUCAACACAAUUCUCAGCUGCCAAUGAGCUAGCCUGCCGUGGAUUAGACCACUUGGAAGAAAAGAUUCCUGCUCUCCAAUACCCUCCAGAAAAAAUUGCUUCUGAACUAAAGGACACCAUCUCCACCAGGAUCCGAAGUGCCAGAAAUAGCUUCAGUGUCCCCAUUGCCAGCACUUCAGAUAAGAUCCUGGGGGCGGCUUUGGCUGGUGCUGAGCUUGCUUGGGGCAUGGCACAGGACACAGCUGACUAUGCCUCCAGCACCCGGGUGGGUCAGUUGGCAGCUGGAGGGGCAGACUUGGCCUUAAGCAACGUUGAGAAGGUGGUGAACUAUUUGAUGCCAGCACCCAAGGAAAACCCAGCCCCAGUUCUGGAGCACCCUAGUCCUUCCCAAGUUCAGCAGAAGCUGCCAAAGCCCAGCUUUCUUCAAAGAAUUGGAACUUUAACCAACAAUAUCUCCCAGCAUACUUUUCAUACCACCAUCCAGACUCUCCGUUGGGGCCAUGCGUUAGCCAAGUGGAUCCCAGGUGUGGCUCCAUUGAGCAGUAUGGCCCAGUGGGGUGUGUCGGCUGCCCUGGAGGUCGUGUCAAGACCCCGAUCCACAUCAAGGGGAAACUGGCAGUACAACCAGGCUCAGGACGAGGAGGAGGACGAGGAGGAAGAAGAGGAGGAGGAAGAGGAAGAGGAUGAAGAAAACCUUGAAAUGAGGAAGGAGGAGAACAAAUUAAAUGAGACCAUGCCCAGUAACCAGAGCCUCUUAGGUAGUGUGGUUCACACUUUGCAGUCUGCCUACUUGACCACCGUCUCCACUGUAAAGUGGGCGCCCUUUGCCAUCUGGAACAACACUGCUGGAAGACUGCUUCACCUUACUUCUGGUCAGGAAACCUUUGCCAAAGGCAGGGCAAUGUCACUAUCAGAUGCCCUGAAAGGUGUCACAGACAAUGUGGUGGACACAGUGGUGCACUAUGUGCCACUCCCCAGGUUAUCAUUGAUGGAGCCGGAGAGCGAGUUUCAGGACAUAGAUAACCCUCCAUCUGACACUGAUCGAAGUGAAGGGGCCAGUUCUCCCACCCCUGAGGUCCCAAACAAGCUCCUGCACCGUAGCAGCCUGAGGAGUACCCGGAACUGCAACGCUCUCUCCUUCCUGGGCCUAGAAGACAAACUCUUUACACAGCAGAAAGUGUUGGACCAGGUGCCCCAGCAGCGCAGCUCCCUUCACCGUGGCCCCACCUUUGAGCCUGACACACCAGCCAGUAGCCGUUCUAUGUUUUCCUCCUACCACCGUGAGAAACCCACCCGCCGUGUGAGUGACAGCUUCUACCGGCCCAGCGUCAUGGAGCCCAUCUACAACCGGAUCCACCACAACCAGCUUUACAAGAAGAACUGACCCAGGUCCAAGUCCCUGACCAGUCCUUCCUUGGUGCCCUUGGUUGGUCCCCUCAGUUAGCGCUCACACCUUGCUAUAAUUGCCAUGCCCAGCUUAUUCCUGCUGCCUCCCCAGAGAAAAGCAAAUCCUGGAUCUUAGGAGAACUCAGUCCAGUGACCUCUGUGUCUGCUUACAACCUACAUAUUCACUCAUUACUUUGACAGAAUCCUAACCCUCUCCCUUCCAGCUUGCCAGAAAGAUACCACCAGCACUGAGACCAACAUGAGGGCAAAACUGAGGGCUUCUGGUGCUUGGAGGCACCAAAACCAAGGCCCAGAAACUCCUCACUUCAAGGAGCUCCCAGGGUAACUGAAUCAGGUCUAAAUAUAAAGAAUGAGGUCUGGGGAGGGAAAUUUGUGCUUUUAACCAAGGCCCAGAAACUCCUCACUUCAAGGAGCUCCCAGGGUAACUGAAUCAGGUCUAAAUAUAAAGAAUGAGGUCUGGGGAGGGAAAUUUGUGCUUUUAAACCUGCUUCAUCUCAUUUAAGUCAGAGUUAUGCCCCUCUAAGUAGUCCCCUUAGGAGCUGAUACAGUCUUCCAGUGGUGCAACCCCUGCUCAAACACGUCUAGAAUUUUUCUUUGGCAAAAGCCUCCAAGGACCUGUUUGUAGCCACACAAGGCGGCCAGCUUUCCUCUUUGUAUGGUCAGAUCUCCUUAACAGGAACCUACAUGAGAUUUUGAAGAUUAUCUAGUGCAAAUGCCUUGUCUUAUAGAUAAGUGAGUGGUAGCCCAGGGAGGUUGAGUUACUAGCCCAAAGUCAUAUAGGAUAUAGAAUCAGACUCAGGUCAUUUGACUUGAAAUCCCCUCCUUCUCGAUUUCUUUCUUCUUUUUUUGCAAGGCAAUUAGAGUUGUGACUUGCCUGGGUCACAUAGCUAGGAUGUGUUAAGUGUUUGAUGCCAGAUUUGAACUCAGGUCCUCCCAAGUCCAGAACUAGGGCUGUAUCCACUGUGCCAUGUAACUCCUUCUUACUUUUGACCCCAAAUUGACUCCAGAUUUCCAAAAAUCAAAUCCAUCCUCAAAGGAGGAAAGUUUUGUCACCAAUGAGAUUAUUCAAAAGGAAUUGUUCUGAAGACAAUUCCCAAAAACUUGUUCCCAAAGUGUUUUGAGCAAUGUAUUAGAAUAAAUGUAUGGGCUUUCCAAGGAACUUCUUUGAGGGAGACUGUACUCAUUUGGACAUUUAAAAUGUAGGAUAUUGAUUUAACCCUGCCCCUAUAAAAACUGCCUUGAUUUGAUAGUUUCAAACCCUUCCUUCCAUUGCAUAUAGGUUGGAAGCUGUUUAAAGAUACAUCUCUUUAUCUCUUAAAUAACACCUACUUUCUCAGGUUUUCCAUUUGCAUUUUGAUUUCAAGGUUAUCCAAGGACAGAGUAAUGAAAGAGAUGACCAGUCUGGGUUCCUUUCCACUCUGUGUUUCUAUUAUGCAUGACCACAAUGAAUCUCAACACAUUUGUUUUAUUAUUACCUUAGCUCCACCAAUGGAAUUUGAGCUAAUACCCAUAGCAUCUUUUCCCUAAGCUGCUUCAGGUUCCAGUUACAUUGAGCCUUUUUUAUGCCUCACUGAUGUAUUAUAGACUUUGCUAAAUACAAACCCCACCCCCAUGCAACCCCUAAAAAUUUCUUGGUAGAAGGAAGAAGAAUCUUUGUUUCAGAAGUGUUCCUGCAAAUUGACUCAGUUACCUGGGGAGAGAGCUUGGGUGUGAUCACUUUGUGGGCCUCAGUUGACUAUCAGUUGGUGACUCAGCCUCAGAGAGGCCUAAUUUGUGCCUAGUUGUUUGAUUUAAUUCUUAUUUAAUCACUUCUAAGGGUAGAUCAGGAAGCAUGUGAUCAGAGACUAUGAGGGAAUUUUGACAAUACUCUUGGACUGAGCCUAAGAAAGAUGGGGAUCAUUUUCCCUUGCUAAGUAGGGAGGAGUGUCAAUCCAAAUAUGGAGAGGAUAGCUGGGCAAAAGACAAGAGAAAAAAGAGAGGAAAUGAGCAGUGAUAGAAGAAGAGGGCAAGAAGAGUUUCCCUGAGAUUGUUUAGAAUCCCCUCUUGCCCCUCUCUUUGUCCUUUGUAUGAGAAAUCCAGGGAAGGGGAAAAGGUGGAUGUAGUCUAGGAUAUCAGGAAAGGUGAAGAGACUCAGCUUUUCUUAUUAGAGAAUAGGACAGUCAACCUCCAAGAAGACAUACAGAUAUAAGUCUAUAUGCCCUGGAUCUAUUCCCCACCAAGGUCCUGAGCCUGUUUCUUCAUAUGCUGCACAGUUGUGUCAUACUUCAUGGAGAGAAAUGUAGCCAAUGAUCAUUCCUUUGCUCCAGGGAACCCCUUAAUCCUAAGUUUGUGUCUCUAAGCCACUCUAUUGCUCCAUCUCUGUGGGGAGAAUUCAGGCUCCUCCUCUCCACCCCCUUUACUAUCUUGGGGUCAUUGCCAAAGGCUGUCCUGAACCGCAGACUCUCCCUACCUAUGCUCCUGUGCUCCACUACUAGAAAUGUACAAUAAACACAACACAAGAA